AAACGUUACGAUUGUCAUAUUGGGAAGCACAGCAAAUUGCAAUUGCAAUAGCAAUAGCAGAGAGAGAGAGAGAGAGAGAGAGAGAGAGAGAGAGGAAGAAACAAUGGAGAAUGGAAGCGAAGAUCCACAAUUACAACAACAGCAGCAACAACAGCCGCAGCCGCGACGGUUGAAACCAAUCCCACCGAAUCCACCGCCAACAGAUCGACCGGCUCGUAUUUACGCCGACGGUAUCUACGAUCUCUUCCACUUCGGCCAUGCUCGCGCUCUUGAACAAGCCAAAAAACUGUUGCCCAACACUUAUCUUCUUGUUGGAUGCUGCAAUGAUGAAAUCACCCACAUGUACAAGGGAAAAACUGUUAUGAAUGAUAAGGAGCGCUAUGAAUCUCUGCGCCACUGCAAAUGGGUUGAUGAAGUUAUUCCAGAUGCGCCUUGGGUUGUUACCCCGGAGUUCAUUGAGAAACAUCAGAUUGACUAUGUGGCACAUGAUGCUCUUCCUUAUGCAGAUGCAAGUGGAGCUGGAAAUGAUGUUUACGAGUAUGUUAAGUCCAUUGGUAAGUUUUUGGAGACCAAGCGGACUGAUGGAAUAUCUACUUCAGAUUUAAUAAUGAGGAUUGUAAAAGAUUACAAUGAAUAUGUGAUGCGCAAUUUGGACCGAGGAUAUUCAAGGAAGGAUCUUGGUCUAAGCUACGUGAAGGAAAAAAGGCUGAGAGUGAACAGGGGGUUGAAAAAGUUGCAUGAGAGAGUAAAGAAACAACAAGAAAAAGUGGAAGAGAAGAUACAAACAGUAGCAAAGCAUCGGAAUAUUUGGGUGGAAAAUGCUGAUAGAUUGGUUGCUGGUUUCCUUGAGAUGUUUGAAGAGGGUUGCCACAAGAUGGGCACUGUCAUAAGAGACCGAAUUCAAGAACAGAUGAGGACCAAGAGUAUAAAAGGGCUUCUAUAUGACAGAGAAGACGACGAUGAUGAUUAUGACUACUAUUAUGGGAGCACUGACGAUGAUGAAGAAUACUACGAUGGUGAAGAUGAAGACUAGGGUUCCUCACUUUUUCGAGUUAUGAAUAGUAAGGUACUUUCGUGGUGAGCUUCACUGUGUAAAGUAUAGCUUAUGAAUCAAGUUGGUUGAAGAUGUAUGACGUGUAACAGUUGGGUGCACCUGCGAUGUGCAUGUUUUCUUUGGUUAGAUGUAGUAGCAAUUAGUUGUGUUGUAAAACCAUGAUCAAGCAUAGUCUUGUACUGUAGCGGUGUCAAACAGAGUGAUUUGUCUAAUAUGAGAUCAAUAAUUAUAUAUUUUUGAAAAUGCAA